AUGAGCGACACUGAUACUGCCUCCUGGAAGAAGUUUUGCGCGAUCCUUGCUCAGCUUUAUCCACCAACAAACAUCGACGAUAUCCUUGCAAUUAUGGGAGCUGCCGAUCAGCUUCGGCUGAGCCGCUCUGUGCCCAGGCUCAAGGGAAAAUCGAACUGGAUGUCCUGGUCCGAACGUCUUUUCGUGAUCCUCAAAGAUAUCAGCCCGGUUUACCUCGAAAUCCUCACUGGAAGAUACCGUUGCCCCGUUCCACUGACGGGCGAAGGGGUGACAAAAGUAGACCAAGCAAAGCAGAAGGCCCGCAUCGCCGCUUGGAAAGCUGACAGCUAUCGGGUCCGCGUUUAUCUAGGUUCAACGCUAGCGGAUGAACCUGCCUCUCAUGUCAAGGACAUCUACGACACCCACGAGGCCUACCAAAAGCUAGAGGCUCAGUUUGCGGAGAAGAAAUUGAUGUCCGGUUCACGAUGCUGGUCCGAAUGGACCAAGCUGAAAUAUGACCACUCGGAAAUCACUGCCCUGGAGUUCGUGCGCCAGUUUCAACAGGCUAUCUUCCAAUUGAAGAUGACCCAGAGGUCGGGCCUAGGACCCAAGCAGCAACUGCCGCAAUUCAUGCAGGCCAUCAACAUGCCCGGAUUCGCCACUUUCCUCACGAGCAUCGAUCCUGACUUCGACAGUACGGAUCUGAUGGAGAUCGCAUACGCAAGCUUCAUCCAAUUUGUUCAGUCAGGAGAAAACCCCGACCUAGCUGUGUUUAGAAGAGUCACCGACCCGUUGAGGUCGGAUAUGGCGAAAAAGCCAGUCACCACUGACAAGGCACCUCCUGCAGCCAACUCACUCAAGAAUACGGAAAAAUGCAAGAAACGGCGUAGCGAGGGUUCAAGUGACCAAGUUGUUCGCAAGCCUCGACUGAGUGACGAGGCUCGGAAGGUGUUCCGUAUGACCACGACGGGUGUCGUCACCCCUCGUCCACUCCCAUCAAACAGGUCAGCUCCCAGUUCUCAAUCGAAUGACAGGCGUGCGAGUUCUCCUCUCUUUGUCACCGUGGAUAGUAGUGAUGAAGUCGGCGACGAUGGAGGCUCGCCGUUAGUCAUCGAUGAAAACGCUCUUGACUCGGCGGCGCGGUCUUAG